AAUUCAAAUUUUUUUCGCAAUUUUAAUUUUAACUGAAAUUCAAAAAUUUUCUAAUUCAAAUUUUUUUUCGCAAUUUUAAUUUUAACUGAAAUUCAAAAAUGUCUAAUAACAGAAGUGCUUUAUUCUUAGGCGCAACAGGUGCGGUCGGCAAGGCUCUUUUGAUUGACUUGUUAAAAAGUGGAAACUAUAAGACCAUUACUACAAUUGGCCGUAGAGAAUUUGAAUAUAACGGUCCUAAUAAAGAAGCUCUUAUUCAAAAAGUCGUUAGUUUUGAAAAAUUAGAUGAUCACAAGGAAGCAUUUACUGGUUCAUACGAUACCGUAUUUUGUACAUUAGGUACAACCAGGGCAGAUGCGGGAUCCGUAGAAAAUUUUGUUAAAAUUGAUAAAGAUUACGUAAUAAAUGCGGCUAAAUUAAUUAGACAACAGAAUCCUUCAGAGGAUUUACAUUUUCUUUAUUGUUCUUCCGCUGGAGCGAAUCCGAAAUCAUCAUUUUUAUAUAUGAAAACCAAAGGCGAAAUUGAACAGGAAUUAACUGAAAUUGGGUUUAAUAAAGUUACUAUAUUUCGUCCAGGUGUUCUAAAAGCCGAUAGAGUUAGAUAUAAUUUCAGAUACAUUGAAUUGUUGUUUGUUUUAUUUGUUAAUUUGAUCGAUUAUGUUAUCCCAAGAAAAGCUAUUGUACAUGUAGAUGUUGUUGGUAGAGCUAUGAGAAAAGUUGCUACUGAAGAAGUUGAAUUUGAGGAUUAUGAAAUUACUCUUGCGGAUAAUGGAACUCUCAUUGAAACAGCUAAUCAUAAAAAAAUUCAUGAAAUUGCAAGUUGAAUGAAUAUCACACACACUGUAAAAACGAAAUAUAAUUCUCAUUUGUUUCAAAUAAAUAAUAUUUUAUUUUUUAUUAUUAUUAUAUAAUUUAUCAAUAUAUAUUUUAAUUUGCAACAGACUUUAUUUAUAUAAUAUUCAUACAAAAGCUGAACUCCCAAGAUUUUGCCAAGC